AUGGCAUCAAAAAUAAUCUCGAAGAAGAAAACCAACAAGAAGCCACUAGCUGCCAUACAACAACUCCCAAAAGAUUUGUUAAUUGAAGUGGUUGCGAGCAUAGCCUCUCAAUCUUUUCAUGACGUUCACAAUAUGAAAAUAUGUUGUCGUGAUUUUCUUAAAAUCACCGAAGAAGAUUAUGUGUUACAAAAAAUUUGUUUAGAUAGUUUUCCUUUGAUUCAAUGGUUUCCUAAUGAGAAAGCAUUGAGUUUUUUGAAACGUUGCAUGAAAAGUGGAAAUGUUGAAAUCUUGUUUAGAGAAGGAUUUCGUGAAUGUUUUAGUUAUUCAAACGAAAACAAUUUUGGAGGUCUUGAUAAGUUAAAGACUGCGGCUCAAAAGGGUCACAAGGAAGCAAUAUACAUGUAUGGUAUGAUCUUGUUGUGUUCUGAAAAUUUGGAUUCAAGAAAUCAAGGACUUGAGUAUAUGCGUUUUUUAAGAAAAUCCAAAAAUAUAGUGAGUUCAAGAAAUAAGGUUCAUUGUUUAUCAAAAAGUUUUUGGAAAAAUAAUAAAAUGUCAAUGCGCAGGCAAACUCAUCUAUGCAACUUCAAGGAGACAUGUAAGGGAUGGAAACCGAAGGAAGGUCGAUGGUCAUUUAUAAAUGACGACGACGAUGACACUAAUUUGUGUGAAUUUUGUAGAUGGGAUUACGAGUUAGAGUUCUUUUACCAAUUAUUUAAUAUUUAA